AUGGGUUUCAGCUCUAUCUUCUGCUUCCAGCCUCAGCAGGCACUUGUGCUGCCUCUGCAGCAUCCUAGUUUCUCUAGCAACUUGGUGAAACAUGGUGGUAGCCACAAAUGGUGGGAGCACUUCAGCAGCAAAGUGAGGGAGCGGAAAAAGUACAGAAAAGGAUCUGUGGAUAUUUCAAGGAUAAAAUGUGUGGAGGUUGUAAAAAGUGAUGGUAUUAUUCCAUGUCAAAAUAAAUAUCCAUUUCAGGUUGUAUAUGAUGCCAAUACGCUUUAUAUAUUUGCACCAAGUGCACAAAGCCGGGAUCAGUGGGUGAGGAAUCUGAAAGAAGAAAUAAAGAACAACAGUAAUAUAAUGAUAAAAUAUCACCCUAAAUUCUGGACAGAGGGAAUUUAUCAGUGCUGCAGACAGACAGACAAACUAGCACCUGGCUGUGAGAAAUAUAAUCUCUUUGAAAACAGUGUAAUGGGAUUGCCUUCUCCAAUGCCAGAAAAAAAUUCGCGAAGGCCUCCGCCCCCUGUUCCCCUGGUUGAAGAGAAUGGAAAUGAAGAGGAGGAGAUAGUGGUAGCAAUGUAUGACUUUCAGCCUACAGAACAUCAUGAUUUAAGAUUAGAGAAAGGGGAAGAAUAUACAGUGAUUGAGAAGAAUGACGUUCACUGGUGGAAGGCAAGAGACAAAUACGGAAAGCAAGGAUAUAUUCCAAGCAACUAUGUAACAGGAAAGAAGUCCAACAACCUUGAUCAAUAUGAGUGGUACAGCAGGAACCUGAACAGAAGCAAGGCAGAGCAGCUCCUCAGAAACGAGGAUAAAGAAGGUGGUUUUGUGGUGAGAGAUUCAAGUCAGCCUGGCCUGUAUACAGUUUCCCUUUAUACAAAAUUUGGAGGAGAAGGUUCAUCAGGAAUAAGACACUACCAUAUAAAAGAAACAGUGACGUCACCAAAGCAGUACUACCUCGCAGAAAAACAUCUCUUUAACUCCAUUCCAGAAAUAAUUGAGUAUCAUAAACAUAACGCAGCAG